GGGUUGUCUCGCCAGGGUGGUCGACAUGGGGAGGGCGCAGCGCCGUCAGCAUGAGCCUUCCGCGGACAAUGUGCAGGACACAUUCAGGGCCCGCUCCCCUGUGUAUCGAUACUUGGUUGUCGGCCAGAAGGUCGACAACAAGGGGGUCAUGAUGCUCCGUUGCACGUUUUGCAACAAAGUUUUCCAAGUGACCCAAUUUCAGGUCACGGGGCACUUCACGCAGACAAACUACUGCAAGGACGUCAGCGACGAGGCGUUGUUCGAGAUCGCGCGACGGACUCAACAGAAGUUCGAGCGCGAUCAGAUGGAGAGGGUUGCCAGGUAUGUAGCGGAGCGCGGACUCAAUGUGCCCGGCACAGGUGGUGCAAGGGGAGGAGAGGCGGGGCGGCGUCCGGUGGAGGGAGGGGUCGGGGGAGAUGGUGGGCAUGGUGCGCCAAACCCGCCUUUGGGGGGUGGAGGCGGUGAGACGGAGGAGGGCGUGAUCCACGUCAAUCGCGAGGCGCGUGGCCCGGGCGAGGAGGGAGUCCUGGAACACGAGGACGUGCCAGAGUUUUAUCCAAGCACUGGGGAGAGGUUGGAGGACUGGCGGAGGCGAGCAGGUAAGGGAGCUGCAACGGAGGGGUCUUCCAAGAGGAAGGAAGGAGGAAGUGAUCCGGCUGCCACCCCAGUAGGAAAGAGACUUCGCCAGCAGAAGGUGACUGAUGUCUACGGUGGCGAGUGGGCGGUGGAGACCCAUCGUGCGGAGCUGGCGGAGGAGUUGGAGGAGGUGAGGCAGCCAUUCUGGGUGACUGGUGCCACCCUCCUCUCCGAUGGGAGGAAAUCACGAGACGGGAGACCGAUCGUGAAUUUCCUUGCCGCUGGCUCGCGAGAGGUCGUCGUGUACACGACAAUCAAUCGAGAGGGCGAGCCGAACGAUGCAGUGCACGUCCUUCGGAGAUGGGUUACCAUCUUCCACGAGUUCAGCUUCCGCGGGCCGCAGCGGGUCAAUGCGAUAUGCACUGACUCCGUUUCUGCUUACGUGGGGGCUGCAAGGGCAUUGGCCUCGUCGUCCAUGCCUCUUGCACUGAGGAGGAUCACUUGGCUCCCGCUGUUGGCCCUGCAAGACACUCUGCAGGACAUGAUGCGAGGGGAUGACGCGCGGGUUUUUGCUUCCAUCCCGUGGUCCGCCGAUGUGUGCGUCAUGGCGCGUUGGGUGCCCCGACAGAUUAGAUGGGAUCCAUGGUGGCAGAGGGUGGCCACCAUCGUCCAUAUCAUGCAGCCCGUCAUGGAGUUGCUUAGGCGGAUGGAUCGUGGAGGACAGUACAUGUCCCUCAUGAUCGAGUGGACGCAGGAUCUUGUCCGCCGUGUCACGGACGCAUGCGCCCCUUUGGGGAAGUCGUUCACCGACUGGAUCAUCAGGCGUGUGCAGGCUCGCACACAGCACAUGCUUGAGCCGGCUCACUGCGUAGGGUUCUUACUGAACCCCCUCAGGCGACACGUUCGCUACUUUUCGGACCAGGUUGAUCGGUACCAUGCUUGGCUUGUGGGGCAAGCCAAGAGGUACAUUCUGACGCAGACGGGUUUCGAGUUGGAGGGUGCGGACUACAUUCUUGCAUGUCGGCAGAUUGAGGACUUCCACAUUCAGCAAGGCAGGUUCGGGGAUUGGGGCGGGGCGGAGGGGCGUGCUCGUCGGCGCGCGUGCAGCGGCGACGGCGAGACAAUUGAGUGCGCGUCUUGGUGGUCUUUGUUCGAGUCGGGCGCGCCAGAGUUGCAGCGGUGCGCUUUUCGGGUGAUGCACAUGUGGUCUUGCGCCUCUCCAGCGGAGAGGAACUGGGCAGUCCACGAGGGCAUUCACACGAAAAAGCGCAACCAGUUGGCCUUCGAGAAGGUCGUUCAACUCGUUGAGAUCACCGCAAAUGUGUGGUUGACGGAGUAUCGGCGGGCUGGAUGCGGUUAUGUGCUGCCAUGGCAGAGGGACGAGGGCAUGCUGGAUUGUGAGGCAGGACUCGAGGUGGAGCCUGAGGAGGGGGCACCGUCGGCAGCAGCAGUGGAGGGGCAGGUUGCACCAGCGGCGGUGCCGGAUGCGACGAUCGCAGCCACGGUGGACGAGAUAGUAGCAGCAGCAGCAACAACAAUGUUGAAGGAGAUGGCAGCAUCACUGUUGGAGGAGGAGGCACCAGCGGCAGGAGGAGCUGCAACAGUGGAGGGGCAGGUGGCAGCAACAGAAGGAGCAGGUGGAGGAGCAGCAUCAGUGGAGGUGGAGGGGGCAGCAGCAGUGGAGGAGGAGGAGGCACCAUCGGCAGCUGCAGUGGAGGGGGGGGUGCCAGGACCAGUGGAGGAGGAGAUAGCCGCACAGCGUGGGGGCGAUGACGAGCGCCUCAUGCAGCAGUUCCUCACGGAGGAGCUCGAUCCGGUCAUAGCGGACAUAGAUUUGGAUUCCACCCGCCGUGUCACGGAGCACACUGCACGCCUUCAGCCGGGAUUGGGACCCCACGGCGCCAGGACGACCGCGGCGAGGGAGGUACCGGCAUCAGGUUGUGAGCCUCAGCAAGGUCGCGGCAGAGGAGUGUCCACCGAGAGCUUGGAGUACGCUCUGAGAGCAGCGACGCAUGCCGUGCAAGAGCAGACUCCACGCAAGCAUGGAGUGCCUCCUCGUCCAUGCCCCGUGCCUGCAGAGGGAGGCGCUACACUUGGAGAGAGUUCGGGGGCGGAGGGGUUGGGGAUGCCUCGUGGAUCCCGCCGUGAGCAGACCGUUGCAGAGGCUAGUGCGAGGGUUGUUGUGUUGAGGAAGGGAGGAACCCCAGUCACCAUCGAGGAUUAUGAUCCUGAUACGGAUGCGGCUGUGCGGGAGGCGGACGAGGACUAUGAGGGCGAGGAGGAGGGAGAGGAGGAGAGCAAGAGCGGUUCCGAUGGUGACGACGACGACGACUACGAUGAGCCCCCACCUCCCCCAGGACCCCCACCGACGCGUGCAUCUACACGCGGACUUCUUCAUCCUCACGAGGGAGGAAGAGGUCGACAUCCGACACUCGAGGGGGUACGAGGAGACAGAGCGGGAAGGGGAAGAAGGGUCGUUGACCGAUGAGGCCAACACUCCGCUUCUCCCCUACUCG